AUGGAACGUUUAGUUAAAGCGCACAAUAGAUAUCACUUGAAUGGUGCGAAAACUGAAGUUUAUGUAAGAUAUGCACUCACUCUGUUGAUAAGUUCUAUCGAACCACAGUUGAAUGUACUGAAAAUCGAUCAUUAUUAUUUCUUUUAUCAACGUUUCAACUUUGACGAGUCUUUCUUCUUUUUCUGCUAUUCAUUUCCAUUAGGAUUAGAGCAAAGUCAGCAAAAUGUUUAA